AUGGAAUCAAAAAAGAGUCGUUCAAAAAAUUCAAGACUCUUGACUAUCAUUCAAAAUGGAAACACAGAAGAAUGGGAUCGCACAUGUUUUUUCUUCGCAAUUCUCUAUUCUAACACGCUGGGGACUGUAAUAAGUCCAGCAGUCGCUAAAGAUGUAGACGAUUUGCAAAUGCUCCGUAAUGAAGUAUUUGCACAUCGUUCUAAAGCUUCUUUUCCUGAAACAGAGUUUCAGAGAUGUGUAUCCAAAUUGUCAAAUGCAUUCACGUCCCUUCAUCUUUCCACUGUAGAGCUUCAGAGAAUAAUCAACCAGAAAUGUUUUCCCACCUGGGAACUUCACAAACUUCAAGAACAGGUGAAGGUUUUGGAAGAUGAGAUACAGGGUAAACCUAAACCUUUCAUGACUCUUCCACAGGCGCCAUCACACGAAAUAUUUGAAAGGAAGGUGGAAGUUGAAGACAUCAUGAAGAAAUUCUCAGAUCUCCAGACGAACAACAAGAAUGCUUAUGUUGUUACGAUUUGUAUCUCUGGUAAUCCGGGAUGUGGCAAAAGUCAAGUUGCCAGUCAAGUUGGCAGGCAGUUUUUUCAAAGAGAAUGUGAUAAAAACGACCAUGAUAGUUUCACCCUUGUAAUGACCUUAAAUGCUGAAAGUGAACUGUCUUUGCUAGAUUCUUACUACAAGUUUACCCUCAAAGUUGGUGUCACCGAGUAUUCCCUUAACAACAUCACAGGAGGGGACUCAGUUUUGUUACCCAAUGAAAAGAUUUGUUAUCUCAAAACCCUUAUUUCUGCUAAAAUGACAAACUAUUCCAGUUGGCUACUCAUGUAUGACAAUGUUGACGAGUUUAAAGGAAGAGAAGAUAUCUUGACUUUGAACGACUGGUUGGGUCGUGGAGAUUACUUGCCUAAUAAACACUGGGGAGGUUGUGGACAUGUUCUGGUAACCACCCAGGACAUUAUCACCCAAGCUGAAGCUGAUCCCCUUUGUGAAAGUGUUUCUCUUAGUAAGGGAAUGCAGUCUGAAGAUGCCAGGAAUCUACUGCGAAAGAUUUGCCAGCUUUCCUGUCAUAGUGAAAAAGAGUCCUUAGUCCUGAAUGCUUUGGACUAUCAGCCUUUGGCUAUUGCCUGUGCUGCAAUUUAUCUUGGUUACGUUGGAGUGGACCGAAAGACAAGUUCUAGAAACAUUUGGGAAGAUUACUUAGCGAAAUUAGAAACACUGAAAAGGCGAGCUUCCACAGAGAAAGCUUAUGAAUGGACAAGCAGGUAUUACCGAUCUUCUAUGAUCGCUGCUGUCACCUUAGCAUUGAAAACGCUAGUGCAGGAGCCAAUUUUUGAACAAGUGGUUUCAUUUCUUGUUUGGGUGCAGCAACGCCUGUACAUGUGGAUUUAA